AUGGCGGCAAUAUGUCUUACGCAAUGUUGUUGUUUCCAGGCCUAUUAUCGGCAAGGAGUGGCCCUGCAGUGCCUGGGACGACAUGCAGAUGCCCUCGGAGCUUUCGCUUCUGCGCUUGCGCAGGAUGAUAAGAGUCCUCAACUGCUGAACUCCUUGACUGAGGCCGCGAUGAAGUCUCCCCUUAGAGGUAAAUAUUUUAGUAAUAUGCAAUUUUUUAUGGUUAGUCUUUUCGUUGGAUUAACAGUUAAAACGGAUGUCGUAAUUUUAUCAAGUGUUCUUUUCAGAUUUGUGUUGUACAUCAUUUCAUAGAAACAAGUUGUGCAAUUUUUAUUUUAUUCUAUAACUGUUAACCAAACCUGACACAAUAAUCGGACAAUGCCCAGCUGUUCUGACUGUUUAAGAUUCCAAUUUGUGACCUUUUAACUGAGAACAGUCUUCGAGCAGUGGGGUUUUCUGCAUUUUAGUUUGCGGUCAAAAUAAGGCUAUAAAAAUGGUCAGGUCGUUGAAGCGGAACUUAGAUGGUAUUAAUAAAAUUCUGCUUAGAGCAGGUUUAUGGUAGACCAAUCCUUACGCCUAAAUAUUCACUGAAUGCUGUCAACAGUUGCAAUACGGCUUGCUUCCCAGAUCAGUAAAACAUUUACCCAAUUAGAACACAUCUGAAGUUCCACUGGUCCCUUAAAAAUCGACACUCCUAUCUAAGUUACUUAUAUAGCGGGACUGCACGCAUAAACAGCUCAAGUGGUUGAUAUUAGCUAAAGACAUUCAUUCUUUCAUCGCAAUUUGAACAUUACAGAAUAUUACACACUUGAACUAUGACACGGGCUGAGCCGCAAAAAAGGUUUAAAGAUUCAAGCAGAUAUAAAUAACUUAACCUUGUCCUCUUGAAUAUCGAGCGCAUAGCGUAAGUGCGUUUGAUUUUGCCGCCAAGUCAAGAGUUCUCUAACAUCUGCUUUUACGAUAAAACAUUUCAAUGCGAGUUACCUGUCAUGGAUGCUUCUCUUUUGAUCGAUUCAAGUUUCAAAUUGUGUGAGAGUCUGUUCAGAACUCUAGUAGGCUGUCACUCUCUGAACUUCGAGGUUGGCCUGCCCACUCGACUGACUAGAAAGGGACUGCUAGUACAGUGCUUCUUUGGUCUUGGGUCUACUAAAUGUUGAGUGUGUGCAUAGGAAAAGCAACCCGACAAACUGGUCUUUGAACAGUAUAUUAUGAUUAAAGCACAGAAGUCAGAAGAAAGAUAUGCUCCAGUUCUUGCGGGUAUUAAGAGCCUGUGACUUGAUGGUGGAGUGGUAACGUCAAGUUCAGAUUACGUUGUUAUCAGUUUACUUACUCGAAUAAAACCUCAUUACAGCAUUUUGCUGUAAACAGUUCAUUCUGAUUUAAUUAUUAAGAACACGGAUUUGGGACUUUUUGUGGUUCUUGCGGGCAGAGAGGUUAUCACAAAUUUCAGUUCGAGUGGCCACGGUACAAGCCUAUUGGUUCUUAUAACUGUUUCUGCGGCGUUUUUGUUGAGAGAAAAAAUUAUAAGCUAAUUACUGUUAUUUUUACUGAUUUUUUUUCAGCUACUUUAGAGCCAAUCUACAACCAGCUAAACAAAAUGAAACUUGACAAGAGCCCAUUUGUGAUGAUAUCAGUUAUAGGACAGGAGCUGUUAUCGGUGGGUCACUUAACAGCGGCAGUAGAUUGCCUUGAAGCGGCUUUGAAAGUCGGCACAUGCGGACUACGUCUCCGGGGUUCUGUUAUAUCGGCUUUGAGUACAGCUUACUGGAAAAUUGGAAAUGUAAAGAAGGCCAUGGAAUACAUGAAGCAAGAUCUAGAAACUGCUCAGUCACUGAACGAUAAAGCGGGCGAGUGUCGCGCGCUCGGUAACCUGGGAGGCGCCUAUUAUUCUCAGCGCAUGUACAAGGAGGCACUUGAGCAUCAGAAAAGUCAACUGGCGAUUGCUAUGAAAGCGAAAGACCGAAAGACCUCGGCCACGGCACUGAGCUCUUUGGGUCAUACUUAUGUGUCAAUAUCUGAUUAUUCCAACGCCCUUGCGAGCCAUAAACAGUCAUGUCACAUUUAUAAGGAGUUGAAAGACAAGCAAGCGGAAGCUAGAGAACUCGGAAACAUUGGCGCUGUCCAUGUACUGCUCUCGGAUUAUGACAACGCCAUCAAAUGCCAUCAAGAACAUUUGAAAAUUGCUGUUGAGUUAGGAGACAAGACCGAGGAAGGCCGGGCGUAUAGUAACUUAGGAAGUGCGUUCCAUUACAAAAGAGACUUCGAUAAAGCGAUCCAGUUCCAUCGGCAAGUACUGGAUGUUGCGAAAAAGACCAAAGAUUCUUUUAUGGAGGCGCGUGCAUACGCAGGUCUUGGGCAUGCGCUGAGAUGUAAGGGUGACAUAGAGCAGGCAAAGACCUUUCAUGAGUACCAACUGGCUUUAUCAAUUAAACUUGGGGAUCGCGCCACCGAGGGGCGAGCAUUAUCGAAUCUAGGAAUUAUUUUUCAGCAGAAGGGGCUUUACGGGCAAGCCUUGAAACUGCAUAAAAGACACCUGGCCAUUUGUAAAGAGUUACAAGAUCGAGCGGGCCAGGGCCGAGCUUAUGGCAAUAUGGGCUGUGCGUACAGCGCCUGCGCGCGGUAUGAUCAAGCGAUUAAAUUUCACAAACAAGAACUAGUGAUUUCCAAAGAGGUAAAUGAUCGACCUUCGGAGGCGUGCACACAAGGGAAUCUGGCAGUUGCUUAUCAGGCCAUUGGAAGCCUUGAUAAAUCACUAAAACAUUACCAGCAGCAUUUAGUCAUCUCACAAGAACUGGGCGAUCAAUCAACCGAGGCCAUCGCGCUGAGUAACCUGGGAAACUUUUACAGCUCUUGCGGGAAUUUUUCCAAGGCCAUUUCUUAUUACGAGAACUAUUUAUCUAUCUGCCGACAUUUGCGGGAUCGAGCGGGAGAAUGCAAAGCCUGCCACAAUCUUGGGUUUGCUCAUUACUCGCUCGGGAACCAUCUGGACGCUGUACCGUAUUACGAGCGGAAUGUUGCCAUUGCAAAAGAUCUGGAGGAUAAACCGAGUUUAGGUCGGGCUUAUUGUAAUCUCGGACUUGUUUACAGCGCUCUAGGCAAACAGGAUAAAGCAUUGGAAUGCCAGAAAGAGUUCUUAACUGUCUCCCAGGAAGCGAUGAACGUUCAAGGGGAGUUUAAAGCUUGCGGCAACAUCGGGGAUAUCUAUGUUACGUUAGGAAACACCAAUCAAGGAAUCCGAUUUUUCCAGGAACAACUGCAAGUCGCGAAAAAGGCGCAAGACACUUCGCUUGAGAGUGACGCUUAUGGCGCGUUAGGUAGCGCGUACAAGACUGCGGGCGAGUUUGAAAAGGCGUUGUCGUGUUUCAAGACGGAAUUGGAUUUGAGAAGGAGUGAAAAAGACACUCUAGGCGUUUGCAAGGCGUUGAGUAAUCUUGGAGGUGUUUACACGAGCAUGCAGAAGUACAACGAUGCUUACAAUUGUUACUCUGAACAACUCGGCCUCGCUAUUGAACUAGACGAUUGCGUUUUGCAAGCGCAGGCUUACGGCAAUCUAGGUAUCACUAAAAUGAACUGUGAGGACUAUCAGGAUGCAUUGGGCUUUUUCGAACAGCAGAUCGCAACGUUAGAACAAGUGGCUAGUGCAGUGCUGGAAAGGGGUCAAGCAUACGGGAACUUAGGCGAAUGUUAUCACCUGUUGGGUGAUCACGAAGAGGCCGUUAAAUGCUAUGAGAAAUACUUAGCCGCUGGACAGCAGCUGGAUAGUGUGAUUGACCAGGACAAAGCAUAUCGCGGGCUUGGAAACGCACACAGAACCAUGGGAAAUCUCCAACAAGCUCUAGUAUGUUUUGAGAAGAGGCUGGUCGUAGCGCACGAGCUUACUGAUUUCCGCUCGAAGGGAACUGCGUAUUGCGAGCUCGGAAAUAUGCACAAGGUACUGGGUAACUACGAACAAGCCCUGGCUUGCUUUGAGCAGCAGCUUUCCUUAGCAAGGGAUUGUAAUGAUCCAGUUAAUGAAGGUGAUGCUUUGUGUGGCCUGGGACUGGUAAAUCAGAAGAUGGGCGACUACGAGAAAGCGCUCAAGCUCCACGAAGAAGAAAUAGCAAUCGCUGAUAAACUGAAAAAUGCGGGCCGGCGUGGCCGAGCUUCGUUUCAUCUCGGAGUGACGCAUGAGAUUCUCGGAAAUUAUGAACGGGCAGUAGUCUUUCAAGAACAACAUCUCAACAUCGCCUCACAAAUGAACGAUGAGGCCGCCAAAGCGCAGGCCUACAGUUCAUUGGGAAGAACGCACCACGAGCUUGGCAACUAUUCCCAAGCCAUCGCUUACCUCAAGCAGGGCCUCGUUAUCGUGCAGACUCUUGGAAGGACUGAGGAUGAGGCGCGAAUACGUCAUCGGUUGGGUUUGUCGCACCUGGCUGAUAAUCAGCUGGAGGCAUCGCAGGGUCAUCUCUUCUAUGCUGCGGAAUUAUUGGAAAAGCUUCGUGAGGAAGGUAUUCACAGUGGCGAAUAUAAGCUUUCCUUGUACGAACUACAGGCAGCGACCUAUCAGGUUUUACAGCGUGUUCUAGUGACAAUGGGCAACCACCAAGACGCUUUAGCAGUCGCUGAGCGCAGUCGGACACGAGACUUUAUCGAUUUACUCCAGGAGCGACAAGGAAGUAAUCGAUCAGCGAACGGCAUAUCAAAGUUUUUGGAAAAUCCUUUGACCACACCAGAACAGAUUGCGGAUUUCGUGAGAAGCCAAAGAGCGACUGUAUUGUACUAUUCCAUUGCCGCUGGACACUUGUACAGUUGGCUUAUCACCCCAAGAAAAGGCAUUGUCAAGUUCCAUGAUUCGCUUCUGUCGGAUGGAGACCAUGAUAAUGAAAUCACAGUGGAUUUGGAUCAGAGUAGCAGUGCUGCGUACUCACACACCUCCACUCUAUUGGACUCUUACAUUACUCAAGUCAGAGAGGCCCUGGGGGUUGAACCACAUUUGAAUUUGACCCGUGCAACCAGCAUAUCUGAGAGUGAAGCGGAAGACGCCUGGGAACGUGAGAGUCUACUCAGCGCUGGAACAAGCCCACUGUCCUACAUGUCAGCGGAUGACGACACUAUCAGCGUGUCGUCACUGUCGCUUGGGCAGGCAAGUUUUCGCUCGACUCCGAGAAGCAACGGUUUGUCAAAAAAGAAUGUGCGAAAGUUAAACGGUGUACGAACGAGUAGCAAGAAACUUGGCUGGACUGGUAAGCCUCCCCUUCGAGCUUUGUACGAGCUGUUAAUUGCGCCCAUGGAAGACGCAUUGCCGGCCUCUUCAUAUUUCGAUGGAGACGAUUCCGAGCUUGCUUUAGUUCUUCAGGGGGACCUAUACCUUGUCCCAUUCCCUGUGUUAAAGGGAAGUCUUUCCAAGGAGUAUCUGUUCCGACGAUUUCGUCUAAUCGUUGUUCCUUCACUACAGUCUCUUGCUAUUAACAGCAAAGCUCUGAUGUCAAGGAAGACGGGUCUGGAUACAACUUCAGUUAUGGUGAUCGGAAACCCGAAGGUCCCUGCAACUUUUGGUCAGUGGGAGUCGAACCCGAGCGCCGAGCACGAAGCUAAGAUCGUGGCCGAACUUUUCAGCACUAAACCUUUGAUUGGCAAUAUCGCAACGAAGAGUGAAGUUGUCCGGAAAUUACCUAAGGCGGAGUGCGUGCAUUUUGCCACCCAUGUCUCAUGGAAGCUAUCUUCCCUUAUUCUAGCUCCUCAGAAUUCCGAUGAUAAAUUCGCAUCCCCAGCAGGAUCACCUGAGAGGGCAAGUCUGGACUUUCUCGGUGACAUGAGCCCUGAUGAAGCACCUGCUCUAUCCGAGUUUCUUCUUACAGCAUCCGACAUCUUGGACCAGAAAUUAUCUGCUAAGCUCGUAGUUAUUGGCGCUGCUCACAACCAUUCAUCGCGUAAUCGUAUAACCUCGGAUGGAGUGAUCGGACUGACGAGGUCGUUUUUGUCGGCGGGUGCACAGUGUGUUUUGGUAUCCCUGUGGCCUGUACCUGAUCUGGCGUGCAAAUUGUUACUCAAGGCGUUUUACGGAGGGCUUCUGCAGGGAAUGCUAGCUAGUCAAGCCCUCUGCCAAGCCAUGCAAGUUGUCCAGGGAACCAAACAGUUUUCCCACCCAUCCAACUGGGCGGGGUUUAUUCUGGUUGGUGGUGACAGCGCUCUUACAAACAAGGAAGCUUUGAUGAGUAGCGCCAUCUCUCAACUGUUGAACAACCCUGGGAAUUGCAGAGACGCUCUCAAGGUCCUCGUGCAUCUGGUAAGAUAUAGUAUGCAGUCUAGUGAUUUUGCGUAAAUUGAUUAACUCUCAACCUGUAUAGUGGGCAGUUAGAAGGGAAAGAGGUGAGAAAAAGAGAGAAUGUUCACCCGUCCACCAACGUGCAGGAAGAAACCUUGACACGCAAAACACGAGAAAAUUGCUUUUUUUUCUCCCUUUCGUUUUUGGUGGCUUUCACGGAGCAAUUUCUCGUACUUUAAAGGCGAACAGGUGCGUCUGCUUUGUCUAAGUUUUUGUUCAUAUUUUUUUGUUGAUAAAGCCUUGACUCAAUUAUUAUCUUUCACCUUUAUUGUAUUUGUGCCAUUAGAGUUCAAAAGUAUACUUCGUGCAAAUUCAUGUUUUUAGGUCGACAAAGCUCAACAACGCAUUCGUCAAGGACAGCGGUCGUCCAUGUACACAGCAGACGCUAGUAUCAACGCUAAAGUCAAAGGAGCCAGUGGAUGGCGUGAGCUGCUUAAACUCCUUGGUUUCCGGUUUCAGAAGGCAUCCAAUGGAAUUCCAGACUCAGUUUUCUUUCCGUCUGUCGCCAGUGGAGUAGGAGAUAAGCUGGCUGAUGCCAGUAAUCAUCUGCAUGCCUUAUUGGGUAAGGAGGGCUUAUUAACAGAGGGGCUUAUAUCCGAGGGGGGCUUAUAACGGGAAAUAUGCUGUAAACUGCCGCUUAUAACCCCUGGGCUUAUACAUCUUCGUAAGGGGUUUUAGGAGGGCUUAUUAACAGAGGGGCUUAUAUCCGACGGGGGCUUAUAACGGGAAAUAUGCUGUAAACUGUUGCUUAUAAGCCCUGGGUUGUACAUCUUCGUAAGGGGUUUUAGGAGGGCUUAUAUCCGAGGGGGCUAAUAAUGACCGGAAUAGAAAAAGCGCUUCGAAACAAGCUUCAGUCUAACCUCUCCUUACGGACACCUCUAUAAUACGGACACCUCUCUAUUACGGACAGUUCGUUUGGUCCCAGAAAUGCAAAAAUCAUACAUUCCCUACCUCUAUAAUACGGACACCUCUGUAAAGCAGACACUUGGUUCUGUCCCUUUGGUGUCCGUAUUAAAGAGGUUUGACUGUAUAGCAGUGCUGAUCACAAUACGUUUUGUAUUUUGCACUAAACUUAACCCUAAGCUUCAAAACGUCAACGCAACGGCCACCUUAGGGACAGAAGAAAGUAGCCAUUGUAAAGAUGUUUCAAACGAGAAUCAAUGUAUGGACUGUCCACCAAAAAAGGGGUCGUUGUAGAGAGGUGGCCAUUAGUAGAGGUUCGACUGUAAAUCAAAUUCAUUGCAAGGGUGGCUUAUAUCCGGGGGGGACUUGUCAUCAGAUGUAUUUUUUUUGUAUUUACAGUUAGAUGGGCCGACAACUAGGGGGAGAGGGAGGGGGUUAUAGGCGUCAGUUUACGGUAUAAGGAUUUGUUAGAAUGGGUGUUAGAUUGUGAUCUCUCGAUCCUCGGGGUGUCUUGAUAAGCUGACAGCUGUUCACCAACGGGAGGUGGAUGUUUCGUUUACCCUUGAUACUAUUCAUGUUACAAUCCCCCAAACGCUUUUUUAAUAAAUUGAAAAGCUAGGUAAAAUAACUGAAAGCGAUGUCCGAGUCCUAUCACAAGACUGUUUAGGUAACGUUCCUAUAACGUGUAUAUAUAGUCGUGAUUUCGUAAGAAUAGCAAAGAAGGUGUUGUCGUAAGAGUGAUUAUUGAAAAUUCUGCUUGUAAUUUUCGGAUUAUCUUAGCGAUCAGAAAUUCAUGUUUUCCUGAAUGUGCAUCGAGGCUUCCGAAAUUGUUUUGGACUUUGUUUUGAAGCUUUCUACAAGAUUUGUCGUCAGCUACAGGGUCCUUGUAGUUAAAGCCAUAAAAAUGAUGAACAUUGAUGUGCGUGCAACUCAACAAGUAAAUCAAGCACUAAAUUUUACCACUUGUUUGGGACUCGUCGUUUUGUCUCGCCAUUGGGUACCUUGUUAGUUAUUUUGUUUAUUUAUUUAUUUAUUUAUUUUGUAAUCGUUUGUAAUCCGUUAAUCAGUUUAAUUUUAUUGCUUUCAUCCAAAACAAAUAAAGUGGAAAGCUGUUUAUCUCAUCAGAUUUAUUAUCAAAGUACUUUUUCCGACGUUUUAGUCAUUGGAAUUGUCUGGUUUUUUUUAUCUUGGAUGGGUGAGCACAAACUUUGGUCAGUCUGAAAGAUUAAGAAGUUUGAAUUAAUUUGUUGAUAAGUUGCUGCACUGGAGUAAAACAAAUACAACGGCAACUUCGUCUUGAUUGCGGCACUUGAAAGGUGGAGUUGAUAAGAUUAAGAUUCCCAAAUGACGGUAUUAUCCACUUUUUUGAGUCGGAUUUUUUUCUUAGUGAGCAGUCUAGACUGAAGAAGGAAAACAGCGGUCUAAUCUUAUAGAAAUCUGAUAAACAUCAGUGAGAAGAUGCCUUACUAAUUAUAGCGUCGACCAUAACAGUGAAAAGUACUUUCUUUGACCGGUUUAUGAGUUAUGAAAAUUAGCUUUAACAAGUUGUUUUAAGAUGUUUAAGACUCAAGCUUGUUUCCUUGAAAAUGAAAGCCUCGUAUUUAGGUAAAACCGUAGUGAAUCCGGUCCGUGAUUGUAACAGUUUGGUUGAUUCCUAUGUCAAGCAGUUGGUUAUUAUUAAGCUAUCAGGAUUUGUAGUCACCGAAGGGGGCGUUGAAUGCGGGUAGAGAGGGGUGGGGGAGGAACGGAAAGAGGGAGGGAGACUGGAAAUAGACAGAAAAAGGGAGCUCCAUCUCCUCUUUUCAGUGAUUUUGUUACAAGAAGUUAUGCUGAGUCCUGGGACUCAUCUUGUGAAAAAUCAUGAGUCCCAGUCCAGAGCGAUUGAGUCCCAGCUCAAAAACACGAGCACCCGCGGUCUUAUGAGUCUUUUUUAUUGGCACAACCAAGUGAAACACUAUUAAAAUAUAGAGCUGGUCUGUCUUCUGUUGGUUAGUUGUCUGUUACCAUUCUUUAAGAUAGUCAACUGGUGCUAAGGAUGUUCAUUCUUUUUUUACUUCAGGUCUCAGUCCUACAACUCUUCAAGCUCUGGCCAAACUCGUCAACGCGCGUACCGUUAAUACUGCACUUGUAUCGCUGGUAAGCCUGCGCAAUAUUUACAUAACAAGUUCACUCAGUAAUCCUCACUCAGUUAACUGAACCAGUUUAUUGAGACCCCGAGAACGAUACCCCUUUGCAUGAAAGAAUUAACAAAAUAACGUGUUUCUUCUUCUUCUUUUUUCCUUACAGUUCAGUCAGGUUCUGUCCUGUUUCACUCAAGGAAUGAACAAUGUACAGGUUCCUUUGAAUCUCAAGUUAUGGCGCACAGUGGGCUGUCACGAGCUACUUGCAUCUCUUGGCUUUGAUCUGAUCGGUGUUGGAAAAGAAGAGGUCAUGUUAAGAUCAGGCAAAGCCAACAGCAGGCGUGCUAUACAGUGCACAGUACAGGCCCUCUGUGCUCUCACGGGUGAGUGUGUUACAUCUCAUAUUUGACUUCAGGUUAAUUUUGUUUCCUAGCGCUAUGAGACAAAGGAAAUUGAGAAUCAAUUGAGAUUAAAAAAUUUUAACUUGAAAUCAAAUUUGACUUAAAACAAGUAUACUUGUACAGGGAAGAUAUGUACCUCAGGAAAUCUAUCAGGAAACCAUUGACUUAAUUGCGAAGAGUUAACUUCAACUGAGUGACUUUUCGUACGAUUUAAUAAGUCGGGUAGACCUGAGGAUUGAAAUGCAGUUUUUCGUUCGAUCUUCUUGUCUUUUCAGAGGGGAAAGUUUGAGACGGGAAACUUGCCUUUAAUCGGAUUCAUAUUACCCGAGCUUUUAGUCAUGAAUUUCGGUUAGAAGACGGUUUCCCGUCUAUAAAUACAAAAUUGCUAAAUGAACAUCCCCCUCCGCAGAAAAGUACUAUUGUUAGCUUUACUGAUACACAGCUGACUGAACUGCGUCAGUGGUCAAAAGUUCGGUUCAUCUUGACUUACGGGGCAAGCAUUCACUUACCCAAAUGUUGAACAACCUACAAUGUAGUACAUAGUACAACACCUCAUCUACUAUAGUUGUCACUUGAAUGAUGUUACUGAAGAAUUUUAUCCACUGGGUCAAAAUUAGAAUUACUUUGUCUCUCAUGAGAAAUGGAAUCACGGCAAAUGUCGCGUGGAGCUUUAUACUAGCUUUCACUUGAAUGGUCUUAUUUUUAGGGUGUUAUCCACAGUCUCUAGAAGUUCCUUAGUAGAGUAGGCUUGUAGUUAACAUCUGUACGAAUUGGCACUUUAAAUUUUUUCAACAAGUUAAGAGAAGAAUGGGUUUUUUGUUUGACGUGAACUCAUCGACUUCUUUUUUGUUGCAGAUUCAGAGAAUCCAGCCGAAAAGGAGGACCCGACAUUUAAACUUGCCAAAGUUCAUUCCGCUUCCACUGUAAUCUCCAACUUGUCCCUUAUUUCAGCCUCAAUCGAAUCCGAUCUUGAUUCUAAAGUUGGCGGUUCAAAUCCUGACAUCUCUAGUAUAGGGGGCUCAAGCAUGAGGGCUAAAAGCAGCAUCAUCGCAAGGCCCGUUAAAUCUGAAGCCCAACCGUCAAACUACUCCAGCCGCCCAGUGGCAACUGCGGAACCCGAGCGAAGAAAUAUGCGAGCCCUUUCUAAGUCACAAGUACUGCCUGUAAAUUCAAAGAAACACUCAGAAUCUGUACAUAAGUACGCGAGCUUCAAUGGCGAUAUUCCUAGUAACAAGAGACAGCCUUCGUCGUCUUCGGUUACCGAUCAUUCUCGGACCUCUUCGAUCCCCGAUCCGUCGGACUCUGAUAUUGAUAGUUACUCGGAUAUUGUCGGUCAACAGUCGUGGAAGGACACUGUAAUUAGUAAUAAAGGUGUUGAUCUUUCCGGGGAGAGCUCUCAGCGCAACACUAAACAGAGAGUUGCAAAUGUUGUACCUACCUCGUGGGCAUCAAGUUCGGCCAAUCCUGCGGGCAGCGUGAUUUCUUUCGGUGGACAACAGCGUAGAGUCAUUGAAGAUCAGGCAAGAACUACAAAACAGAACUCGAAAAGUUACGAUUCUCUGACUAACGGAACUAGACAGUCUGCACCCAAUGUUUAUGCUGUCAGUGGGAAGGAAUCGCCUCGCGAGAAUGGCACGUUUCGUGGGCGGGCCCAGAGGAGAACCAGAAGUGAGAGCCAAGACCUUGUCCUCCAAAAUGGUCCUCGGGCAACUGCGUAUGGUCGGUCCAAGUCCAUAACGAGACAAAGGGGGAAUGGGUCGAGCGACGAGGAGGAAUCAGAGCAACCAAGAAAUACAAGAUGGAAAGGCAGUGCUACCGACUUGAGAGCGAAUCGUGUUAUAAUUGGAGCUUAUAGAACUAAUCAACCAGAACUCUUAAGAGUCUCGAGUGUGGAUUCGCCUGCUGAGGCCCAGAAGGCUUCAGGUAAUAGAAUUACACCUACGCGAAACGGUGAAUUUAGGUCAAAUCACGCUGAUCAACUUGCAGCAGAAAUGCAACAAGGGAGGAAAAAUUCUCUGAGUGGGAGAAAGCAGUCGUUCCCGAAGUUUCGCGACGAUUCCCAGUCGUCUCAAGAUAGCACGGACUACGAGUCACGACAAACUGCGGCGGAGCAAGCAGCGGUUGCCCUAAUGACCAAUCAGGCGACUCGUGUGCCGACGCAGUCACUGAAUGACGCACGUCAUUCCCAGCGGCCGGUUGAGAUGGUAUCCAUGGGAACAGAGAAUAGAAAACUUAGGAGGGAGCAUCUUGCUAAUCUAGCUCAUCUCCAGUCCUCGUCCUGUUAGCACGGCCUGGUGAGUGUAAUUUUUUUUCUCAGUUUCCUUUCAUUUCUAAAUACCUCAAUGUAAGACCAAGGAUCGGGUUGUAUACAGUCAACUCUCUCUUAACGGACACCUCUCUAAGACGGACACCCGGUGUUGGUCCCUGCCGAUUUUCAGUCAUUUUACCGUAACUAUUCUCUCUAUUAGACGGACACCUCGCUAAGACGGACACCUGGUGUUGAUCCCCGCCGUUUUUCAGUCAUUUUACUGUAACUAUUCUCUCUAUUAGACGGACACCUCUCUAAGACAGACACCUGGUGUUGGUCCUUGCCGAUUUUCGGUCAUUUUACUGUAACUAUUCUCACUAUAAGACGGACACUCGUCUAAGACAGACACCUGGUGUUGGUCCUUGCCGAUUUUCGGUCAUUUUACUGUAACUAUUCUCACUAUAAGAUGGACACCUCUCUAAGACGGACAACGGACACUUUUGAAACCGUCAACUGACACUUGAGAAGUGCUUUAUGCAGUGAAAAAUACCUCAAAAAGGAAAUGUGAGGUGCUCUACAUGACAGAAAAUUGCAAAAGUUUGAUUAUUUUGUAUUCCUGCUCCAUUUCGCAGAGUAUACACUGUUACGCUUUUAGACCAAGAAGCCGUGAACAGUUGCUUUAUGAAUGAACGGUUGAUUUCACGAUGAGAAAAUGAUUCCACUUUGCUGCUAGAAUAUUCAAGUUUUACCUGUUUUGUACAAGUUAAACAGAUGUCUUUUCAUUACGAAUGGGUUGAGCGUUAGUUUCUUAAAAUUGCUUGCGUCAUGUUACCUUGACUCUCUAUAAGCCGAAACCUUUCUAAGACGGACAGUCAGGGCCGGUCCGGAAGGUGUCUUAGUCUUAGAGAGACUUGACCGUAUGUAUCAGUGCAGUGACUUGAAGAGUUUGAGUCACGUUUAUUGUGAAUUUGGCAAAGAUUCAGAACGAAACCUCCACUCGGACAAAGCCUUCAUAACAGAUUUCUUUAGUAGCUUCUGUGAGUAUGUGUCUAGAAUUUUAAGAUGCACAUUCUGAGAAAAGUGAUUGAAAGAACUACAGCAUCCCUUUUAAUAGCAAAAAGUAAACUGGUUUCUAAAUUACAAGCACAUAAAACUGAAAGCAAGCGUAACAUCUUCUCUAUAUUUAUUUUGCAGAUGUUUUGAACCCACUUGGCUGGCGUAUUUUGAUUCGGCAGAGACUGAAUUUUAAGCCUUGCGUGUUUUUAGAAUGAAUACAAAAUAUUUUUGUACCUAUGGACCACAUUGGUUCCUUGGCAGAAGUACUUUAGGAAAAAUAAUAAUUAUCUUGAAGGAAUUCGUUCAAUAUUUUUCUUAAAAAAGGACUCGCUAGUACGUCGAGUUUACUUUUUUAUCAGCCUUGGCUGAUAGAUGGUGAACUGAAUUACAGACCUCUACCCGGAGUAGUCUCUCAUUUUCCCCAUGGUACGAAGCGAAAACCGCGAGUACGCGUGAGGAACAUGAGACGCGAUGUUUGCGCGUUCUCGCGUAUUUCGCUAGCUAUAAUCUCCCUGAGGAAAAUGGAGAACUACUCUUAGUCUAAGAAAUUCUCAGCGUUUAUGAUGUUUAACCCUUUCACUGCUUGGACAGACUAAAAUCUAAAUAUUAUAGCUAAGGGGCUUCUGUUGGCUUUAAAGUGAGUAGAAGCAGCUUCAAGGCCCAAUAAGUGGAUCCUUAGGAAAGUGCUACUACGUACAGCUUUUAUUUGAAAUCAGUCAAGGGUAUAGGUCGGCUACUGGUCAUAGGGCAGCGUUAUUCACAGACCUGCAAGUUAGAAAUCAGAUUAUUCAACAUGCAAACCAGCAACACCAGUGCUAAAUUUACUCUUAUACCAAAUGCCACUUUUAAGAACUUUGCCCAGGCUUAAAAGAAUGGUGUAAUUAAGAUCACAUUUUAUUACUUUUUUAACUACCGUACUUAAAAUAUGAACCACACCAUACAACGACGUCAACAUGGCCAUAUAUAAAGAAGUACCAUUCAUUGACUUUAAUAUGAAGUGUUUGUGACCACUUUAAGACACUCUGUUACCUAAACGGCUCAACGUGUAUUGCAGUGAAAGGGUUAAUUUUCCGUUCGAUCAAAUUCUUGAAAACUCACCUUAAUGAGCGCGAAUUUCUGGGAGAUUUUUCAGUUGUGAUAUCUUUCAUUGUGUCUGGCUUCUUCUUGAUAGACCUGGCUGUCUUUUUCACUAUCAAUCAUAGUCGUUCGUGUUAGGUAUGUGUACUAAAAAAGAGUUUAACAUCGUUCCAUUCUGACAAUUUAUGACACUUUCCUAGUGAAAUACGUUCUUUGCGGAAUUAUGCUUGCUUGCAGCCAUCUGGGUUUGCAACGAGAAUUAUUUGUGAAUAUUCGACUUACAAGUUAAAAGACAGUCAACUUCCAUGUGCUAUCCUUUGUCUAUGUUCUGUUGCAACUUAGGGUGCUUACUAGCCUGCGAGCAAGCUCUCUAUUUUGGGGA